CAAAAUAGAAAAUCCCGUCCCAACAACGUUCUUCACCAUAAUCAAGCAUGGCACCUCCAGACCAAGGCUAAGAUCGCUGGAGCUUCGGAGAUGCAGCAACAAAUAAUGGAGCAACCUGAAGAGGAGCUGAAGGAGCAAUUGCAGACAAAGGAGGUACAAACAGAUCGAGCAGUUGAUGAACAGAGAGAGAUGAAAAAGGUGGCAGAUGCGGCCAACAUGAGGCUUAGUGAAGAAUUGUCAACUCAGGAGGGAGCUGGGGUGCAUUCAGAAUUGAAUUCGGUGAAGGAUUUAUUGUCUGAUGCAAGGCAAGAUUUGAAGAGUAAAGAGGAGAAUAUUGAGUCUUUGAAACUUGAACUUGGAAAGGCCAAAGAUGUGGAGCUCAAACUGGCAAAGAAUGCGAAAACCUCCGAGGCUCACACACAGACUUUGCUGUCUCAAGGCGCAGAACGAAUUCGUGAAUUGGAGCUCAAAGCAGAUAAUGCAAAAGUCUCCGAGGCUCAGACAAAGGCCUUGUUAGCCGAAAGUAAAAAAAGAAUUCGGGAAUUGGAGGUCAAACUGGCAGAGAAUUUGAAGUCCUCUGAAGCAGAGGCUCACACAAAGGCUUUGUUGUUUGCAAGCGAAAAAAAAGUUCGGGAUUUGGAGCUCAAACUGGCAGAGAAGGUGGAAACCUCCGAGCCUCACACCAAGGCUUUAUUGUCUGAAAGGGAAGGAAGAAUUCAGGAAUUGGAGCUCAAACUGGCAGAGAAGGUGGAAACCUCAGAGGCCCGCAUGAAGGCUUUAUUGUCUGAAAGGGAAGUAAGAAUUCAGGAAUUGGAGGUCAAACUGGCAGAGGUUAUGAAGUCCUCUGAGGCAGAGGCUCACACAAAGACUUUAUUGUGUGAGAGUGAAGGAAGAAUUCAGGAAUUGGAGCACAAACUGGCAGAGAAUGUGGAAACCUCUGACGCUCACACCAAAGCUUUAUUGUCCGAAGGGGAAGGAAUAAUUAGGGAAUUGGAGCUCAAACUGGAAGAGAAUGUGGAAACCUCUGAGGCUGACAUGAAGGCUUUAUUGUCCGAAAGUGACGAGAGAAUUCGGGAGUUGGAGAUGGAAAUAGAGAAGAGAAAGCAAUCAGAAGCAAGAAUUCUUGAUUCAUUGAUCACCCAGACAAACCAACUUGAGCAAACCAAGGUUUUUCUUGAAGAGGCAAAGUUCGAGAUUGCUUCGAUUAAAAACAAAUUGGAGAAAGGGGAAGAUGAAUCUGCUCAAAAUAGUCAAGACCGUAGUACGUCUCAUUAUCAUGAUCACCUCGAAAAUAAUCUUUCCAAGGAGGAGGAAUUAGAGAGUCUAAAAUCUGAGAUUCAGCUAACAAAGGAGAGUCUGGUUGAUGCCCAAAAGAAGGAGCAACUUGCUUCAUCCAAGGCUCAUAAAUUACUUGAGGAGAUGGGAGUGCUUAAACGUGAACUGAAGUUGACAGCGGAAGCUGAAGAAAACGGAAAGAAGGCAAUGGAUGACUUGGCUUUUGCACUGAAAGAAGUUGCAACAGAAGCCAACCAGUUGAAAGAUAAACUCUGCGUGACCCAAGCAGAGUUAGAGCACUCAAGAUCACAAGAAGAAUGCUUGAAUACGAUGUUAAAGAGCAGUGAGGAAAGUUAUAAAGCACUAUUGAAUGAAGCAAAGAAAGAAGCUGAGAGGUACAAAAAUACUGCUGCCAGGUUGAAAAUAGAACACGAGGAGUCAGUUUUGGCAUGGAGCGGGAAAGAAACUGGUUUUGUUGAUUGCAUUAGAAGAGCUGAAGAAGAUAGAUAUGCUGCACAGCAAGAGAACUUUAGAUUGCAUGAGUUGCUUCUGGAGACGGAUAACAGGGCCAUGGUAUCAAAGGAGGAAAAUAGCAAGUUGCGAGACAUACUUAAACAGGCCUUAAAUGAAGCAAAUGUUGCAAAAGGAGCUACAGCCAUUGCUCAAGCCGAAAAUUCUCAGCUGAAAGAUACCCUGACUGAAAAGGGGGAUGCCUUGAAUUUCCUUACCCGCGAAAACGAAAAUUAUAGGGUAAAUGAAAUUGCAGCUCAUGAAAACAUUAAGGAGUUAAAGCGGUUGCUCAUUGAAUCGUCGAAGAAGGAGGAGAAAGAGAAAUCGCCAUCAAAGGAAAAGGAUGGUAAGAAAGAGGAGAAGGAGAAAACACCAUCAAAGGAUAAGGAGUCGAAAAAGGAGGCUAAGGAGAAACUAUCUUCAAAGGAAGUGAAGAAGGAGGUCAAGGAGAAAAAACCACUGAAGGAGUUAAAAAAGGAGGAUGCUGGUAAAGAGAAACCACCAAUGUCAGGGGAUGCCAAAAAGGAAGAUAAAGAGAAAACAUCAUCAAAGGAGGAUAAGGAAGCUGCAGCAUCUCAAAAUGGAGGCUUAUUUGGCAAAGUUUUCAGUUUCAAUCUUAAGGAGCUCAAAAUUUCAAACACACACGAGGAAGUUGAUGAUGAUGAUCAUGAGAUUGAAAUAGAUGAGGCUCUCAAAGGCUCGAUAUUCGAGGUAGAUUCGCCAGGCUCAGCUACGCAUCACCGGAGAAAUUCUUCUUUUACAUUCACAGAUGAUGGAGAAACACUCCAUUCAGAUGAUUAUGAUCAUCUAGAUGGGACUCAAGCUGAAAAUUCAAGGAAGAAGAAAGCAUUGCUGCGAAGAUUUGGAGAUCUUAUAAAGAGAAGUACUACUUAUACCAAAAAGGAACCAUCACCAUCACCAGAUACCAAAAAGGAACCAUCACCAUCACAGGAUGCCAAAGAGGAAACGUCGCCGACGAAAAAGGAAGCUUCCCCGGAAUAGACAAGCUGCAUUUUGGUGAUACUUUUCGAGUUUUGAUACCAAGUAGUUUAAUCUGAUUCUUUCUCUCACAUAUUUCAUCUAAUUUGUAUGUCAGAGUGCAUCAAAGAAUAUGAUCCAAAGAUGUAAAAAGAAACAACACUUAUUUAGAACAGUCCAUUAUUAGACAACAUAUGUCUUCUACUUUUCAUCA